ACCUCCUGCUUGGCAGCUUGAGCCAUGAAGAAGACUUCUAGUACACACCCAUCACCUGCAGGGAGAUUUCUCUUCAUUCUCCUGUCAAAUAUCAACUGAGACUGAUCGACCGUGUUCUACCUUUUUAGUGACGUCACAGCAGGUGACCAGCAUGACUUGGUUGGCAUGUUUGAUUGACAGGCUGCUGUGGGAGAGUCCUGCCGGCUCUUUGGUCCCCGCAGGCUUGACUUUGCUCCUCGGCAUCUUCUUUUUCGUCUUUGGAGAAUCUUUUUACGUCAUGACACUUCUAUGGAUCUUUGAGAUGGGCAGCAAAGAACAGAAUCAUAAAGCACACAGCCAUGUGGACAUCAUCGCCAAAAAGGAGCCAUCUUUCCAGCAGGACGUCCAGCAGUUCGGGGCCUCCGCUGGCCGCCACCACUUCAAGAUGGCCGACGUCCUCCACUUCUGCCGCAGAGGAGUGGAGUGCAUCGUGGACGACGACGUCACCAAGCGCUUCUCGGCCCAGGAGUUGGACACCUGGAACUUGCUGACGAGGAGCAGCUCCAACUUCCACAACAUCAGCAUGAGGCUCAGCGUGCUGUGGGGGGUCGGCGUCCUCCUGCGCUAUGGCGUCCUGCUGCCUCUCAGGCUGACUGUAGCAGUGACUGGCAUACAGCUGCUCUUUCUCUUCACCGCCAUUGUGGCUUGUUUACCAAACAGAGAGCUGAGAGUUUACCUGACGGAGAAGGUCCAUGGAGUUUGUUACCACCUCUGUGCAAGAUCCAUCUCAGCCAUUAUCACCUAUCACAACAGAGAGAACAAACCAAAGAGUGGGGGGAUUUGUGUAGCCAAUCACACAACACCUAUUGACGUCAUCAUCUUGGCCAACGAUGGCUGCUACUCCCUGGUGGGACAGCUGCAUGGUGGACUCAUGGGAAUGAUCCAGAAAGCCAUGGUUAGAUCUUCGCCACACAUCUGGUUUGACAGAGCACAAAUGAAAGACCGACAUCUAGUGGCCAAAAGGCUUGGAGAACAUGUUGCUGACAAAACCAAACAGCCCAUCCUCAUCUUUCCUGAGGGAACAUGCAUCAACAACACGUCAGUGAUGAUGUUCAAAAAGGGCAGCUUUGAAAUCGGCUGCACUGUCCACCCAGUGGCCAUCAAGUAUGACCCGCGCUUUGGGGACGCCUUCUGGAACAGCAGCAAGUUUGGCUUGGUCAACUAUCUGCUAAGGAUGAUGAGCAGCUGGGCCAUUGUGUGCAGCGUUUGGUACCUGCCGCCCAUGAACAGACAGGAAGAGGAGGAUGCGGUGCAGUUCGACAACAGAGUGAAAGCUGCCAUUGCUGCACGAGGAGGAUUAGUGGAUCUCAUUUGGGACGGGGGUCUAAAACGGGCCAAGGUGAAGGAGACUCUCAGAGAAGAACAACAGAAACUUUACAGCAAAGUCCUCAGCGGUGAGACAAAAGUGGCGAUGAGGCCGUCUGCGAGGCUGCAGCAGGAAGUAGACCAGUGACUAAGUCCAAGACUACACAAUAUCCCUUUGUUUCAUCUCAACUUGAUUCUUUUUCUACAUUCUUGAUGGAGCACACAACUUCAGCAGACGUUACCAGGACUACAAAGUGUCAUGUUUUAGUAUUAGUAACAGCAAUAUGAAUUUUGUACUAAUAAAAACUUUGUAU